AUGUCUAAAAAGAAAGCAAUAACAGUUGAAAAAUUACAAGCUGAAUUAUAUAAUCGUGAUCAUCAAAUAAAUGAAUUAAAACAAAAAUUAGGUGAUAAUAAAAGUGAACAAACAGAUGAUCCAAAUUCUGAAAUUUUACAAUUACGUGCAAAACUUCAACAAGCUGAACUUGUAAUAAGUGAAUAUAAAGCUCAAUUACAUACUGAAACAUUAAAAACAUCAGCUAAUAAUAGUAAAAAUCAUUUAUCUGAAAUUGAAUUAGAAAGAAUACGUGCUCGAUUACAAAAACGUAUUGAAGAACUUGAACCAUUACCUGAUCUAUUGAAACAAGUUGAAUCGAAAAAUGAAAAACUUCAAAAACAUAUUCAUGAACUUGAAAAACGUUUUUCUGGUCAAUCAAUGACUUCUAUAGAUCGAUCUAAAGAUAAUCAUUCAUCAUUCAAUGAUGAUACUCGAACACUUCAACGUAAAAUUGUGUCCUUGGAAGAUCAAAAUGAAGACUUAUUAAAAAAACUCAAUAAAAAAGAAGAAGAAUUACAUAUUGUACAAUCUCGUCUAAAUUCUAAAACGUAUGAUAUCACAUCAAUCAAUACGCAAAUUGAUUCAAAAAACACUCAUUAUCAAGUUCGAGAUGAUGCAUAUAGUUCUAAGAAUACAUUUGAUCUUGAACAACAAAUAUCUCGACUUCAUCUUGAAUAUGCACAAUUAAAACGAGAAAAAGAUGAAGUUGAACGACGUUAUACAUCACAAUUGAGUGAAUUACGUGAUAAAUUAGAACAAUCAAAUAAUACAAAUCGAACAAUGCAAAAUUAUGUUAGUUCACUUAAAACAACAUAUACGACUCUUUUUAAUGAUUCAAUUCCAACAUCUUUCAAACAUUAUACAACAACAUAA